AUGAUUUCAAAUUUACCUCUUAAGAAAAAAGCACUUCUGCUUUUACUCACAUCUGCUGUUUUACCAGUAACCUCCCAGCAAAACGUUGCUUUGGAAAGUGCAUUCAGUGUUCUUGCAACAAACCAAGAAGCCUCAGCAUAUGUUCAAGCUUACAGUACUGCGACGGGUGUUGCUGCCCUAACCGCUCUUAAUUCUCUAAUUAGUGUUGCCGACGGAAUUGUUCCUGGUUUUGCAGGACUAUUUUCUGUAAACCUCAUCCCAAUAAACAGUCCAACUCCUACAGCAAUUACCUCUGGCAAUAGUGGAGCAACUGGAACAGGCAAUACUGCUGAAAAUUUAGCAUCAAAUGCCAACACAGCUUCAACACAAGCUUCUACCGCUGCUGGAUCUAACGAGACCGGAGACGUAACUCUUACAACCACUGUUACACCAUCAGGUAAUUCUGGUUCAGCUUCUGCAGGGGAAUCUGGCGUUGCUAGUACAUCGGGUGCUUCGGGUGCUUCGGGUGCUUCGGGUGCUUCGGACGCUUCUGUUGUCGCUAGUGUUGACAAUACCGCAACUGUUACAGAGACUGUCAGUGGCUCCAACGCUUCAGGUACUGUUUCAGCAAACGAAAAUGGAAAUACUGAUACUGCCACAGUUACACAAACUAUUAGUGGCGCCUCAGGCAGCGAAGGCCAGAGUAAUUCUGAAGGUGGGGCUACUGAAGGUGGAUCUGAUGUUACUGCCACAGUCACACAGACUGUUAGUGGAACUAGUGGAUCUGAAGCAGGUGCAUCUGGUGCUGCUGCUGGUAAUUCCGGUGCCUCUGAAUCUUCGGGUGCUGCUAGUACAUCCGGUACAUCUGAUUCCGCAGCAUCUGGAACAGAGGGAGGCGCGGCUGGCGCAUCUUCUACAGGUGAAGGUUCUAAUGCUACUGAAGGUGCAUCAGCCGCUGGAUCUUCUUUGAGUGUAUCUGGUGGUGAGGCGUCUGGAUCUGCAACUGGUGCGGCUUCUGGCAGCAACGAGUCCACCGGCCUUAUUCUUGCAACAACAACAGAUGCCAGCGGUAACACUGUUACAUUGACUGGCUCGGGAACCGUAGCCACUAGUUCUGAAACUGGUUCGGGUUCUGGUGCUGCUGGUGCUGCUGCUGGCGCUGCUGGCGCUGCUGCAGGUGUUGCUGCUCUUGGGGCUCUCCAAACUGUUACUACGACUGAUAGCAGCGGAAACACUAUUACCACUGUUGAGACUAACUCUGCUUCUGGCACAGGUUCUGCUAUUUCAGGUUCCGCCGCUUCUGCUUCUGGUGCUUCUGCAGCCUCUGGUUCCGCCGCCUCUGGUUCCGCCGCCUCUGGUUCCGCCGCCUCUGGUUCCGCCGCCUCUGGUUCCGCCGCCUCUGGUUCCGCCGCCUCUGGUUCCGCCGCCUCUGGUUCCGCCGCCUCUGGUUCUGCUACUUCAGGUUCUGCUACUUCCGGUUCUGCUAUUUCCGGCUCUGCUACUUCCGGCUCCGCAGCCUCUGCUUCUGGAACGGGAGCAGCAGCUGCUGCAGGUGGCAGAGUCGUGACUGUUACUACAACUGAUAGCAAUGGUAACCCCAUCACUACUGAAGAAACUCAAUCUGCUUCCAGCUCUGCUGUCUCUAGUUCUGUUGCCUCCGGCUCUGCUGCCUCCGGCUCUGCUGCCUCCGGCUCUGCUGCCUCCGGCUCUGCUACCUCAGGAUCCGCUACCUCAGGAUCCGCUGCCUCAGGAUCCGCUGCCUCAGGAUCCGCUGCCUCUGGCUCUGCAGCCUCUGCUUCUGGAACUGGGGCUGCUGCCGGUGGUCGAAUCGUGACCGUCACAACAACUGAUAGCAAUGGUAACAUAAUCACCACUGAAGAAACCCAAUCAGCGUCGGGCUCCGGUUCGGCUUCUAACUCCGGUGGUGUUGCUACUGUUACUACAGAUGCUAAUGGUAAUGUCGUAACCGUUACUGGUGAAUCUAAUGAAAGUGCUUCUGGCAGUGAAAGCGGCAGUGGUGGUGUUGUCACAGUCACUACUGAUUCUCAAGGAAACGUGGUUACUGUUACUGGAACAAGCAGCGGAAAUGGAUCUGCCGUUGAAACUGUUUCCACAGAUUCUGAUGGUAAUGUUGUAACCGUCACUGAAAGUGCUAGUGGAAGUGGCAGUGGCAGUGGUGCUGGCGGAGCCGUUGUUACCGUUUCCACCGAUGCCAAUGGAAAUGUUGUAACCGUCACUGAAAGUGCUAGUGGAAGUGGCAGUGGCAGUGGUGCUGGCGGAGCCGUUGUUACCGUUUCCACCGAUGCCAAUGGAAAUGUUGUAACCGUCACUGAAAGUGCUAGUGGAAGUGGCAGUGACAGUGGUGCUGGCGGAGCCGUUGUUACUGUUUCCACCGAUGCCAAUGGAAAUGUUGUAACCGUUACAGAAAACGCCAGCGAUUCAGGCUCUGACUCUGGAUCAGGCUCAAGUUCAAGUUCAAGUUCAAGUUCAAGUUCAAGCGCAACCGCUACUACACUUUCUCGAACAACUUCUAGCUCCGGUGCUCAAACUUCAUCUCAAACAUCUAGUGCAGUAACUUCCAAUGCUGGAAAUAUCAUUAGCGCCGGUCUGGGAGGUUUUGGUGCAAUUGCAGUGAUGUUUCUUGCUAUGAUUUAA